AUGAGAUCGAUACUGUCCACGUCCAUUUACUACUCAGGACCUCCGACAGUGUUCACAUUGGAACUCCUGGAAAUAGUGCUUUCUCAAAACUAUUUUAGGUUUGAAACAGAUUGGUAUAGACAAAUUGCAGGGACAUCCAUAGGUGCAGCUAUGGCACCCAUGUAUGCAAACGGUUAUAUGUUUGAAACCAGAUACAUUCUGGAACCCUAUAAAGACCGUAUCCUGAAGUAUGUCAGAUAUAUUGAUGACAUCUUCAUGCUGAUUAAGGGGUCAAUAUCUGAAGCAGAAGAAAUGAUUCGGUCCAUUAAUCUAUGCACCAACAACAUUAAGCUGACGGCCGUGAUAGUUGAAUCUUCUACCUUUUUGGGUGGAGUUACCACAUCUGUACCUCACUGUGACGUUAUAUCCUACAUAUGA